AUGGGAGCUUGUGCUACAUUUUCUCCGUGGACUAAUGAAGACGAUCUUUUACUCAAGAACUCCGUUGAGUGUGGUGCUUCGUUGGAGGCACUUGCGAAAGGUGCGGUGCAGUUUUCUCAAAAAUAUAGUAUUGGGGAAAUAAAAGAGAGAUGGCAUUCUAUCUUCUUUGACCCUGAUGUAUCCUUGGAAGCCUCUACGGCUAUGAUACGUUUAAAAGAGCAGGAUAUUGUUUCUGUUAAGAGAAAACCUGUCAGGGCUCGAGAUUCUUACUACGCGGUGCAUAAAAGAGUGCGCAAAGAGGCUCAAACUUCCAUGGACUUCAAUUUUUUGGUUGAACCAGAAAAUGACAAUUAUGCUGUAAAUGGAGACGGGCCUUUGCAUCUAAACUGCGUACCUGAGGGUUCAACUUGGAAUCAAUUUCCAAAUCAUGAUCCGACAAUCUACGGUGUUCAAGAGAAUAUUAUGAAUGCUGAUGUUGCAAUUAAUGGAGUUACUGAUCAAGCGUUUUACACUGGAGUUGUUGAUGAUACUCUUGGAGAGAAUUUUCUCAUUGACCAAAACCAUAUGCCUGUGGAGGAUCAUCAAAUUAUUGAAGAUAACCAAAUUAUUGAAGAUAACAUGCCUCUGAAUGGAGCUGCCGAGGAAAUGGGUGUUCCAAUCGAAUUAGAUAUCGAAAAAUUUAUCAGAGAUGAGGAUGUAGAGGAAAUAUCUUUGUCUACAUUUCAACAAAUCAACAAUGACCCUGCAAAUAUAUGCUCCGAGUUUGAUGAAGAUUGUCUAUUUGAUUCAUCUGAGUUAGAGUGUGGAGAUUCAUUUGACGAUUUACAGUUAUCUUCACUUCCUGACAUUCCGGACAUUCCAGACUGGAGAACAGAAGAACAUGGCGGUAUUCCAUGUCAUGGCUCAAAAGAUUCGACUGCUUGCGAGGAUGGUUACCUGAAAGAGUUGUCCGAUGAUCUCUUAACCUUCACCGGCGAGGAAGAUCUAUACCUGAUGGAUUAUGUCGAAAAAGAUGGGAUUGGUAAAUCUUAUUAUGAUGGUCUGAGUUCACUUUUAGUAAGCUCUCCAAUUGAUGGUUCUUCAGAUCAGAUACCUGAAAUGGAUGAAGCAGAGUUAUUAUUGGCCCCACCUGAAGAAGUCAAAAAUCCGUGUGUUUCACGUCACACAAAAGUAGAUGACAAUGCAGGAACGGGCGAAACAGAUUUGUUAGCUGCAUUUGAUGCACAUGUUAAUGAUCUCUCAGCUUCAUGUCGUGCUCGUGCAGAAGUAGAUGACAAUAUAGUGUCAAAACCUAAUGGUGUGCAAGUAGUUCACAAAUCAGCGUUCGAAAUGCCAACUUCUGCCUCAGCUAAAUACCCUCAAUUUCCUGAACUAGUUAAUGGAGUUAUUUUCUGUAGUCUAAAUACCGAGGACCCAGUAGUUCCAUCCAAUGAAGAUGUUUUUCUACCCUCUAAUGAGCAUCCCCCAACAAUGUUUUCAUCUGAACCAGCUGUUACAAAAUCCAAUAAACCAGUUCCAUCAUCUGUUAAUGAUUGUGGAUUUAGAGCUAGCAGAAGAGGUAAAGUUUUGACGCAGGUUGAACAAAAAAACUCCAUAGGAGCUCAUGUGCCUUCCCAGACAACAAGAGCCCGAGGGAAUUCAGGGCCUGUUUGUGGUUCGAAAAUACAAUGCGAGUUAUCUAAUAACCAUUCAUCACACAGUGCAGUUAUUGCUUCCCGUGGCUUAGGUGGAAGCAACAGUUUAACAAACAAAACUCAUGCUGCUCUACAUGCAAAUCCUGACGAAAAGCUUGGCAAUGUUAGCUUCGUAAAUCAUCUAAGCAAUAAUGUGACAAGUUUGUCACAUGAGAAACCAGCCCUCGGAAAGGGCUUUAUACAUCAUGUCCAACCUAAUGGUUCUUGCUUGAAACAGGAACAAAAUGUAGCUUUGCCAGUUGAAUAUAAUAAGUUGCAACAUGCUGAAAUGGGAUUUACAGAAGUUCUAAGGUCAGAGCUGGUGGUUAUUCCUGAAAAGUUAGAUGAGGAAGAGCAAUAUAUCGAAAGUGAUGAUGAUAUUCCUUAUUAUUCUGAUGUAGAGGCGUUGAUACUUGAUAUGGACUUGGAGCCUGAUGUUCAGGAUUUAUAUGAAAAUGAAGAAGUAUCAAGAUAUCAACAUGAGGAAACUAAGCGGACUAUCGUAAGGCUGGAGCAAGGGGUUCACUCUUUUACGCAAAGAGCCAUGGUUUCACACGGAGCAUUGGCUCUAUUAUAUAGCCGCCACUCAAGUUACUAUAUCAAGAAAAACGAGGUUUUACUUGGACGAGCAACAGAAGGUGUUCAUGUAGAUAUCGACUUAGGCAAAGGAGGUGGUACCAAUCUAAUAUCUAGACGCCAGGCAAUCAUUAAGAUGGAUAAAGAUGGAUCAUUCUACAUUAAAAAUAUUGGCAAGAGUUCAAUGCUGGUAAAUAACAGAGAGUUGCACACUGAUCAAUCUCAAAGACUGCUCUCCCAUCAUUUGAUCGAGUUGAAGGGCAUGCAAUUGAUAUUCGAGAUAAAUCAAAGUGGCCUGAAGCAGUAG